AUGAUUAGUGAGUGUCCAGAUUACCUCUUCAACGUAAUCUCUGCCUUUAUAACUGAAAAGCUAGUUCAGAAAAGUUACAAGGCAUACCUUGCCUUCGUGUCUGAUCAUGUUCUUGCAAAGCUUUCUAUAAGGGAUAUUCAUAUUGUGAGGGACUUCUCGGAUGUCUUUCCCGUGGAGUUGCUCGGGGUAACUCUGGAUAGAGAAGUUGAGUUUGGUAUUGAUUUGCUACCAAGUAUCGCUCUUGUGUCCAUUGCACCCUAUCGCAUGGCACCUAAGAAACUAGCAGAGCUAAAAUUUGACAAACGCUCCGGCUGCAUUUAUGGAUUUAAUAAAUCGGGUAUUUCAGCUAUAUCUAGAUCAAGGUACUAUCUGUAUGGUGAGAGGUGCAUCAUUUACACUGACCACAAGAGCCUCAAAUAUUUAUUAACUCAAAAGGAGUUAAAUCUUAGGCAGCGUAGACGGGUUGAGUUGCUUAAAGAUUAUGAUUGCACGAUAGAGUAUCAUCCUAGUAAGGCGAAUGUGGUGGUCGAUGCUCUUAGUCGUACAACAAUUACCAACCUGAGGGUGAUGUUCGCUCGUUUGAGUUUAUUCGAAGAUGGGAGUCUGCUAGAUGAAUUGCAAGUUAAAUCAACAUUGGUUGAAUAG